AUGUCGAACAAUGGCACAUUAGCGGUGCCCGCGAAGACGGGCACCUCCACAUCAUCCAAAACAAUAUUCCACUUCUCCGCCGGCCUCUGCUCUGGCCUCACAUCUUCCAUCCUCCUCCAGCCCGCCGAUCUCCUCAAGACCCGUGUCCAACAAUCCAAACAAUCUCUCCUCCCGACCCUCAAAGCUAUCCUAUCCUCCCCACAUCCAAUCCGCGGGCUAUGGCGUGGUACACUCCCAUCCGCUUUGCGAACCGGCUUCGGGUCCGCUCUCUACUUCACCAGCCUCAACGCCCUGCGCCAAACAGUCGCCCAGGCCAAUACCCCCAUCGUGCUCGCCGGAACAACCGCACCUAAAUCCUCCUCCGCCCUCCCCAAACUCUCCAACUCCGCCAACCUAGCCACGGGUGCCGUCGCCCGUGUUGCCGCGGGCUUCGUGAUGAUGCCCGUGACCGUACUCAAAGUGCGCUACGAGUCCGAUUACUACGCCUAUCGCAGUCUCCUAGGCGCAGGCCGCGACAUUGUACGCACCGAGGGCAUGCGUGGGCUCUUCGCAGGCUUCGGUGCCACCGCCGCACGAGAUGCCCCUUAUGCCGGUCUCUACGUCCUCUUCUACGAGCAGCUGAAGCGCCGUUUGGCCAUAAUGACCAGCAAGGGCACCGGCAGCGACGGGACACCUCUGGCGGCUGUCUCAUCCUCGUCUAUCAAUUUCGGCUCGGGUGCAUUAGCGGCCGGCUUGGCUACAGCCAUCACCAACCCAUUCGACGCGGUGAAAACCCGUCUGCAGCUCAUGCCCGCCAAGUAUGGAAAUAUGGUACGAGCCACACGCCUGAUGAUCCACGAGGAUGGGAUGCGCAGUCUCUUUGGCGGGCUCGGUCUGCGUAUGGCUCGCAAGGCACUGAGCUCGGCGCUGGCAUGGACCGUCUACGAAGAGUUGAUCUUGCAGGCCGAGAAGCGGUGGGCGGCCAAGCACGAGAUGAGCCUGUAG